UUUGUCUCGAACGGUUGUGUUUAGCUCCUCGCUUUAAGAGUUUUCGUUUGUAUCGCUGUUGUUCUUUUUCAUGGAGGCGCGUGCUGCAGAGAUAGCCAAACGUUAAGCCCACCAAAGUUAAAAUUGCACAGCAGCCGCAGCAACUGAGCAACAGCGACUGUGACGCCAACUGGAAUUAAAAGAGAAGACCCGGAUAACCUCUUGGGGAGCUCGGAUUGGAUUAGAGGCACAUUUACUCACAAACACAAGUAAGUGCCCCGAAGACACACAACAACCGAACGUAGCACUGAGCUUACGCGCUGAGAUGGAGCCGACGCCAAACAUGCUAAAACAGCUGCUCCUGAAGAACCACCAGGACGCUGUCCUGCAGUCGCACCUGCUCUUCAAGUCUCCGUCCCUCUCGGUCGGUCCAAUGGCAGACAGCAGGGAACGCAUUCGUGGCCCGUCACGGGAUGGACGUGAGUUUCUCACCAGCCCCCGACAGGUUCUCCGCCGACUGAUGCUUCUGUCCGAGGGAAGACAGUACCGCGAGGCCGCAGGAGUCGUUGGAAGGUUAGGCCCCUCUGUCCUACGUUCGGUAAUUGCCGAACUUCCGCUUGAUCUGCUGCUGGAGCACCUGCCACACAGUGCCUACUUGCUGGAGUCCUUUUUCACAAGGCUGGCCACCUUAAACACAACCCCCAAGCCGGAUGUACCUAGCGAGACGGUGGCCUGGCAGCUGGUCCGAUUGUUUUCAAAUCCCCACGAAUCCGGACUGCGACAGAGAUGCACAAAGCUGCUCCAGGCUCUGGUGAAAUACGAGCCAAAUCUUCGCCAAACCUUGCGUGAGCGGCGACGUAGCUUCGACAACGCAGUGCAGGGAUUGGGCGUACAUGGGCUGACCACGUCUGCCUCGGGGCAGCUGAUCUCGCUGCACGUGGCUCUAAAGACAGAACUGCAGCGGCACGUGGAUACCUACAAGAUGGCUAUACACAAGCUGGAGGAGUUGAGCAUGGUAACGAACAACCAGGACCCGGCCCACUCCUCGCACCAGCGCCUCCUAGCCAUUAACUAUGGAGACAUCCAGCAACGGUUGAUCGACAAUAAAACGCUGCUGACCAUGUUAGACAAACCCAUGUUAAAGCAGCUUCACACCCUCGUGGAGAAUUUAAGCACCCGCGUGGAGAACGACAAGGAGGUCCUCUCCUGCGUGGGCCAGGUGAAGCGACUGGACGCACAGGCCCACGUGGAGAAGCGCCCAGCCGCUGGACUCCUGAUGAACUUCUCGCGUGGCUGCGAGGUCGUCCUUCAAACGAUGGGGCCGGAAAGCGUUCCACCCAGUCACCUGGCUAUGUCCAAAGCUACCGUGGCUGCCGGCGGGAGCAGCUGCAGCGAUGGAUACCACUCGGACGAUUCCGCCAUCGAUGACGGCAGCGAAAUCGUGUCGCUCUAUCGAAAUCUGAACAUAGAAAACCGCGCAGAUGCCCUAGAGGCGCUGGACAGUCUGCCUCAGCUAAAACACGUCCACAGUCUAAAGGAAAAGAUACUAUUCUCCAUGAUCGUACUUUCUUUCCGCCUUUGCCACGGGAUGCGGGAGCGGAAAGUGAUGGAGGUGCGCCAGGUACUUAACUGCGGAUUGGACAGCAGCAGCAAGACGACCUUGGCCUUGGAUCGGGCUGUGCGCCACCACCUGCACGAGACCACGGACAGUUUUCCCCUGGGAGAGAUUGAGCAAUCCGUCUUCAACCAGGUUCUAUCCACGCUUCACGAAUACCCCUGCCUGGAGUCGUGUCCCACGCUCACCAAUUAUGUGAGCGCCUGUGUGCGGCUGGCCUGGCGAUUGAUCAAUCAGAAGGCUCCCUAUUAUCUGGACAUGGACUUCAAUCUGGGAUUCCUACGCCCCGAGAAGCACGAACGUCAUCCGCAAUCCGACCGCCGAUCGGACCUUAUCAAGGCCUUCCUCUGGCCGGCCCUGAUGCAAAACAACCAGUGCGUCUUCAAGGCAGUUGUGGCCACCUGAGACCCGAGACGGAACAGAUACUCUUGUCUUAAGAUACUCUUACACAAUUUGUAUAUACUUCAACGCUUACCCAAUAAAGAUUAUCCCUAUCUAAGCAUAGCUGAUGGGCAUCAGA